AUGUGGUGGGCCCUGCUGCUGCUGCCGCCAAUGGCGCUGCGCACCAGCAGGGCAGGGCUUCUGCAGGAGAGGGUCCCCCUUUUCCGGAUCACUCAGCAGGGUCCCUGGGGGAGCGAGGCCAGCAACACCACGGGCACAUCCUGCGAGGGUCUCUUCGCAGCGGAGAACACGACCUUGACACUGGUGAAUCGUAGCCUAGAGCGCCUACCUGACUGCCUGCCCCGCACGCUGCGCAGCCUGGACGGCAGCCACAACCUGCUGCGCGCCCUGAGCGCGCGGGAGCUCGGCCACCUGCCGCAGCUGCAGGUGCUGACGCUGCGCCACAACCGUAUCGCCGCGCUGCGCUGGGGCCCAGGCGGGCCGGCGGGGCUACACACGCUGGACCUCAGCUACAACCAGCUAACCUCCCUGCCUCUGUGCGCCGGGCCCUCUCUGGGCAGCCUCCAUGCGCUGGAGCUCGCGGGGAACCCUCUGCAGACGCUGCCGCCCAAGGCCUUCACUUGCUUCCCAGCGCUGCGCCUGCUCAACCUCUCCAGCACCGCGCUGGGCCACGGCACCCAGGGGGACAUCGCCGACGCCGCCUUCGCGCCCCUGGCCACGCUCGAGGUCCUGGACCUCAGCAGCACGUUCCUCACGCAGAUUCAGACGGGGUGGAUCAAAGACCUGCCGAAGCUCUCAUCCCUCCACCUGAGGAAGAUGCCCAGGCUGAGGAGCCUGGAGGGAGACAUUUUCAAGAUGACCCCUGACCUGCAACAGCUGGAUUGUCAAGAUUCGCCAGCACUUACCUCUGUCCAGACAAACAUCUUUCGAGACACUCCCCGCCUACAGCUCCUUCUGCUCCAGAACUGCAACUUGAGUUCCUUCCCUCCUUGGACCCUGCACUCUUCCCAGGUCCUAUCCAUCAAUUUGUUUGGCAACCCCCUCACUUGCAGCUGUGAGUUGUCCUGGCUCCUCAUGGAUGCAAAGAGAACUGUCCUGAGCAGGGCAGCAGACACUGUGUGCGCACCAGCUGCAGGAUCCCAUGGUGCCUUCUCAGCCCCUCUUCAGCUCUCCCAGCUGCCCAGUGUGUGCCAUUCUGACCAAAGCACUACCCUCCUAGAUUCCAAUCCACCCUCCUCUGUCCACUCCACCCAUGCACCAUCUACACAGGGUCCCUCCACCCUGCGGGGCACAGCCCCUUCCCCUCAAGCUGCAAGAGGCCAACGGAGUGUCACCAAGGACCCCUCCCACCCUGUGGGGCCCCACACACAAGCUGCAUGGCCACACAGCCUUGUUGGAGAGGGGGCCACCACCUCCAUUACCAUCUCUACGGGAGGUUCCAGCAACUCUGGCAAUCCGCCCAGGGCCACAAGCACAGCUGGGACAGAGCACAGAGAACAUGCUACCUGGCUUGUCCUUGACCCUAAUGUCUCAGCUGUCUCCACCCCAUGGGCCAGCAAACACCCCAGUCUCGUCCCUGCCUCCCCAAACUCGGUGAGCACGCCCAAGCCCGCCUGGAGGACACGGGCCACCCCACAGGCUCUCCACCCGAGUCCUUCCGAAGGUGGGAUUCCAAUCUUGCUGUUGGACGACUCCAGUGAGGAGGAGGAGGAGGGGAAGAAGGAAGAGGUGGGAGCCCCUCCAGAGGAUGUCCCCUGUGACUACCACCCCUGUAAGCACCUCCAGACCCCAUGUGCAGAGCUGCAGAGGCGCCUGCGGUGCCGGUGUCCAGGCCUCAGCCAUGAUGACACCAUCCCAGACCCUCCCAAGCUGCAGGAGGUGUCUGAGACCACCGACACGUCCGCACUUGUCCGCUGGUGUGCCCCCAACUCGGUGGUGCGCAGCUACCAGAUCCAGUAUUCUCUGGAGGGCUGGCCGGGGAACCAGUCGGUGGUGAGGGAUAUCUAUGCCACUGCCCGGCAGCACCCCCUGUAUGGGCUCUCACCGGGCACCACUUACCGUGUGUGUGUCCUAGCGGCCAACAGAGCCGGCCUGAGCCAGCCGCAGGCCUCUGGCCCGUGGGGGCCGUGCGCUGCCUUCACCACCAAGCCCAGCUUCGUGCUCGUCUUCACGGGGCUGUGCGCGGCCAGUGGCCUGCUGCUCGUCAGCACCCUGCUGCUGUCCGCGUGUCUCUGCAGACGGGGCCGGGCAACACGCCGGCAGCACUAUGACACGCACCUGGUGGCUUACAAGAAUCCAGCCUUUGACAAUUCGCUGAUGCUCCAGACCUUCAGUUAGCCCAGCGUUCCCUCCGCCAGUCGAACUCGAGCUGAGGAAUUAAUUGCCGGUGUGUAGAAAGAAGAUACAGAGUCAAACAAUGCCCUAUCCUAUCAGCUCUGAACAUCUGUAAUUCUUGUGAAGCCGGCACUCCUCCUACAAGCACGGAAUUUGCCAAGCUAGUUUCUCAGUCCAAGGAACUUCCCUUCCUUCUACUUCACUGCCUGUUUCCAAAAAUGUGGUGGUCUACACCAGACAACUUCUACUGAAUGGGGCAUUCUCGUGUGUUUUAUUUGGUUGUGUUUGUUUUUGUAGCAAUCGGCCCCAGUGUUCAGUAGACUAGUAUUGUGUGUGGAAGAGAUAAAACAAAUUCCGCAAUCCAGCCUCUUAUACUAGACUGGAAGGAACAUCCUCAAGUCAUUUUAGGGAAGUUCACUCAUGGUCAAGCUCAUAGGCAACGCACGUGUUAUUCAAGGAAUCACUCCAGUGGAUUCUUAAUCUGAGAAGUGGGGGUAAGGGAGAAGAGAAAUGGUUGUUUCCUGAGGACUUCUGGAUUUCUUAGUUGCAUUCUAGGAUAUGGCAAAAAUGUGCUUCUCUAGCUUUUAGUUAAAAACACAGUCCUCUGGGUACAUUUGUGAAACACAGGAAAAGGCUGUCCUUCUUAAAGUGUUUACUGAAUUUCACCUAAAUGGAUAAAGGAACUGUGAAUUCUUUUUUAAGGAAGCAUAAUGAGCUCACUUUUAGGAAAUUUUUCUUAGAAGAAAUGAGUGAAAGAGAACCUCAAGGCUCUGACUAGAGACUAAGGCAUUUUUCUGCUCCCAAUUGCAUUAAACAAUGCCUUUAUGAUUUGUAUCUGAGUGUUGGAUAUGCCUUACCACAUUUUUUCACUUUUAUACAAAUUUAGGAGAAAAGGUGAUUUUAUCAAACUAUAAUGGGGUCAUAUUGCUAAUUUUCUACAUUAGCAUUUGUAUUAGUUUCCUGUGGCUACCAUAACAAAUUACCACAAAGUGGUAAUGAAACAACAGAAAAUUAUUCUCUUACAGUUCAGGCCAGAAACCCACAAUCAAGGUAUUAGCAGGGUUGGUUCCCUCUGGAGACUUGAGAAUUGCUCCAUGCCCCUCGCAGCUUCUGGUGGUUGCCGGCAAUCCUUGGUGUCCCUUGGCUUGCAGAUGUAUCACUCCAACCUCUGCUUCUGUUGUCUCAUGACAUUCUGUGUGAAUUUUUCCCUUUUCUAUUAUUUUCCUCCAGCUUUAAGAUAUGUGACAUGUAACACCGUGUAAGUCUUGAACCUAUCUUUUUGGGAGACGCAAACCCACAACAGCAUUUAUUUCUACAGUAAAAAAAAAUCAAGUUUGA